AUGAGGAGCUGUACCUUUCCUGUAACCACCCCACAACUGGCCAAACAGCAAGGAGAGCAAAGUACACAGAGAAAAAGUGCAGGCGACGUCGCAGCUGACAACGCCCGUUUUCGCAUAGAGCAGAGUCGAGCUCAGAUGAAUCAAGCACAAGAAAUGUUCCAAAAGAGCUUGGAAAAUCUGGACAAAUACCACAGCAACCUGACUGAAAUCCUAGUCACAAUGAGGAGCUGUGAGGUGAAAGAAAUCGACUUCAAGACCACUAUUAAAAUGCUGACAAAGGGACUGGAUGCAAUGGGAAAAGUAAAGGAACAAUGGGAGAAGAUGGUGUUCUUUUUCCAGAUGCUCUCCAACAUAAUCAAAACAAACCUAAACAAACAUUUAAAGGAUGUUGUCCAUACUGCAGAAAAAGCAGGUUCUUCCAAGCUUGGCUAUUCAGCAAAAUCAUUCCUUAGAGAUCUGCUGUAUAACCAAGCUUUCCAAGCAUCGAAUAUUGCCAGUUUGGUGAACAUGAUCUCUGUGACCUACAGAGAGAUCUCCAAAGAGUACCUUAUGGAUAGAAUCAGAAGUUUGGGGAAACUCAUGGCCUUAGACCCCACCAAAUCGGAGUUUGAUACAGAACGGAAAAAAUUACAGAUUGGCUGUGAAGAAGCAGAAGCAGGAAUAAAAGCAAUUGUGCUGAAAAAUAAAAUAGAAUUUGAAAGUAAUACAAAAUCAAGAACAGAGAAGAUUGAGAAUGCACUCAAUGGAGCAUUGCCCGCAGCCUCUGAGGAAGAGAUAAAAGAAGUUAGACAAUGUGUUGAAAUGGGAAUGAAGAUGUCAACUCAAGAAGAAGACGAUGAGCAGUAUUGUUAG